UCCAUUGAAUUCUAUCUUUCUCUUUUCUUUAAUGUUAUGUUAUUCAAGGAUGUUGCACCAAAGCAAGUAUCAUGCAGUGUGAUGCAGCCAAGUACUUCUAGUGAACCAUUUCCUUUGCUGAAUAUUCCUUUCAGCGGCUGCUAUCGGCCAAUGUCAACCUCCAAGGGGAGAAGCAUGCGAAGCAAGGCGGAGCGACCUCAGAGACGUAUGCAGGAAGAGUAGGGUAAAACCUCAAGGGAGAUAAGGAGAGCAAAAAAGAUUAAGAAGCUGAUGACUGAUAAGGGGCGGCCUAUUUACAAUCUCAGAAGAGCCAAGAAGAAAGUGGCACUUCUGUUGCAAAAACUCAAGACGUAUGAGCUUCUGGAGCUGUCAUCUCCAGUGCAUGAUCCUGAGUUACUGACGCCUGAGCAACUUCAGGCAUAUAAAAGGAUUGGAUUUAGAAACAAAAACUAUGUUCCUGUUGGUGUUUGUGGAGUCUUUGGAGGAGUCGUCCAAAAUAUGCAUCUGCACUGGAAAUUUCACGAGACUGUGCAAGUCUGUUGUGAUAACUUCCCCAAAGAAAGAAACAAGGAGAUGGCAACUAUGCUUGCAAGACCGAGUGGUGGGAUUGUGGUUGACGUACAUAAUGUAAAAACAAUUAUCAUGUUUUGUGGUAGAAACUAUCGGCAACCAAAAAAUCUGAUCCCUAUCAAUACCCUUACGAAAAAGGGAGGUGAGUAAACAUUUUAUGUCCUUUGUCAUUGCUAUCUUGGAUUUAUUUGCACCAGUCUGUAGUAUUUUUUUUGUUUAGAAACCCUUCUGGACUUGUCUUCCUGUUGUGCUCUAGCCCCAGAAAGUCUAAUACCAUUGAGAUUGACAUUGUAGUUUGAAAAUGGAAUGAUAUGAGUGCUUGUGUUUGUGAAUGCAGGCAUUAUUUAAGGCCAGAUUUGAACAAACUCUUGAAUCUCAG